GCGCCCGCCGCCCAUCCGGCCCCGCCCUGUGACGUCAUCGGCCCCCGCGCCGCCACCGCUCCGCCCAGGUCCCGGCCUCCGGUCCAGCUCCGCCGCCCCGUCGACACUCGCCCGCCGCCACCGCCGCCAAAAUGUCCACAGGUGCGCCUGCAGGUCCCACUGCCUCCGGCAGUAACCGGAAGCUUCAGCAGACACAGAACCAAGUGGACGAGGUGGUGGACAUCAUGCGGGUGAAUGUGGACAAGGUGCUGGAGAGAGACCAGAAGCUCUCCGAGCUGGACGACCGCGCGGACGCCCUGCAGGCCGGAGCUUCCCAGUUUGAGACAAGCGCCGCGAAGCUGAAGAGGAAGUACUGGUGGAAGAACUGCAAGAUGUGGGCCAUAGGGGUCGCCGUGGUGGUCCUCAUCAUCAUCAUCAUCAUCGUGUGGAGCGUGUCCUCGUGAGGAGCCGGGAGCCGCCAGCUGCUCUUCUGGAAGCCUCGCGAGACGUGGACACAGAGCCUGCUAUCUAUCACGCUUACAAACUGUCAUUACCAUGAUUGUCCUCUGCUCCUUAAUGUCAACUUCGAUUCUUAGGAAAUGUGCCUUUUUUUUUUCUUCUAACAUGCACUCCACACUAGAAGCGUGGUCAGCCCGGCCGCGUUUUGCACAGUGCCUUUCCCACUUCACACUUUACCCCGGGCUGAGGAAGCCUUCUGGCUUGCAGAGUGCAUAACCCAGCAUAGUGUUGUCUGAGUAAUCGCCUUCAGUCCCAGUUAGGGAACUUUCUUCCCAGUUAGCUGUCCUCGUCACGUGACCUUCUCUUCAGAACCACGUUUAAACCUUUGGGUAAUCAGAUAGCCCGUCUGUGCCUUCCAGAGAGAACACUACAGUCUCCCUCAAAUCUGUGACGACACAGGUUGUGCCUUAUUUUGCUCCUGUUCCGGUUCCUUAGGAGAGAACCCGCCACUGUCUGUAAGCACUGCUGACGCUCUCGCUGUGUUUAAAGUAAGAUGCUGGUCAAAAAUGUUUUUCUUACAUUAGAUACGAAGAUGUUUACUUGUUAUUGUUUUGUAUCAUAUUUUUAAAAUAUUUUAAUCAGAAGUAACUUACCUCUUUGAAACAUUUUGAUAGAACUGUGGCUCUGACCAAAGUUCCUCUUUUGCCAAAAAGUAAAAUGCCCCGGAUUCUGCUCCUGACAGAUAAAUUCUAGCAGGUGACAAACGGAACCCCAGGCGCGCGUCAGAAUUCAAGUUGUAACAUCGCGUGUGAAGCUUCUGCACCCUGGCAGGCCUUUCUUGCCUUAAACCCUGCAGGUGUCACACUCCCCUUCCUAGCUAGCGUGUUUCCUGGGGUCAGAGACUGUUCCAGCUGGACCCUGACCACCUCCCCCCAGAGACAGAUGGGAGUACAGCCGGGGGCUCCGUGUGUUUCUGAGAAUUAUGUGAGGGACAGCGUUGUCGCCUUCAAGGAAGACCAUCUGUGAACUGGUCAUUGUUUGGCCCAGGCCUCACAGACUGUAGCCUUUUGGAGUUCGUUUCUAUUUCUAUUCGUAUUCCACUUCCUCACUCUGUCUCCUGCAUUCUGCUUUCAGUUAGCAUUGGUCAGGGUGCUGACUUCUCCCCGGCGGCUGACCGGAGACACAGACUGUCUGCACAGGACGCUGCUCUGGAAGAGCUGUUGCAUCUGAGAGGUUUUGUUGAGACUCUCGGCGUCAGGCUGUGUGGCUCAGGGCGGAAGUCAGGUAUGAGUGAAGACAGGCAAGGAGGCACGGAGGGAGAAGCAGGUUUACACUCCGCCUGCUGUCCCGGGAGCUUGCGUGCUAGCAUGUGACACGGGGGCCAUUCCUGUGCCGUCUGUCCCCCGAGGCACGGAAACGGUGCAUCACGCCCAGCCGUGAGAAGGAAGCAGCUGGCAGUGUAGGGACGUUAGCCCCCCGGCUCCGGUCUCCGGCCGCGUCUGACAUUGAAACUUGGUGCUCUCUCCCUGGCCUUACGUUCAGUCCCAUUUAACCCAUCGGCUCCUGCAUUAACCCAGGAAUACCUCGCUCGUAUCUGCCUUUAGCUGGGAACUUGCCCACUGUAAUGACAUCAAUAAAGUGUUUAUAACAU